AUGAGCGCUUUUUAUUAUUUGCUUGAAAGGAAACUGAAUAUGACGACCGGAGUUCCUGUGCCAAAGCUUUUGCAUCCCCUCAUUAAUCGAUUUGAAGGAGAAGUAGAUGGAGGGACUUGUGCACCGUUCCAGCGACUCAUAUCAUUGCCACGUGAGGUAGAAUCCUGCCAAUGGAGAUCUAGCUUCAAAGUCUUGCGACCGCCCGAUCUGACUUCUCUGUCGAACUCCACCGCAUUCCAACUUCCCCGGCUGCUCUCACCCCAGCAAAUCCAUUGUCUGAACUCCGUUGCUGGCUGUCGCAUACCGGACACGACAAAGAAGCCUCCGGAGAUCCCACUGCUUCGGUCGCAAUCCGCCUCAGUUCCCAUUGCGCCCCGGUUGGAACUCUUGAAGUAUGAUUUCAUAACGGGACCUGACAAUCGACCAGCUACCGUGAAGGAGCCAACGAUUCUACGUUUGCCACCAAGUGCCUUUGCGAGUUUUGUACCGCCGGAGCAGUCCUUCUCCUCAAAAUCUUCACUGAACCGAGAGCAGACGGCUUCCACUGUGAUGCAGGAGGUUUCUGUUCAGGUGGAGGAGUCACUAGGACCGACGCAACGAAACGCUUUGGCGAAAGAAGGAGACCACUUACAAGCUCCGCCGACCUGUGUUGCUGGCAAUGGACCAUUGGUGGACAAGAGCAGUCAGUGCAGUCCUCGUAAAUGUAAAAGCGAAAAAGAAGAAAGGAUAAAAGAGGAAGAACAGAAAACGCCACUUUUUGAAAUCAAAGACAAUCCACAGGAGACACCAGUCUUGCAGCCGCAGGGUCUGGGUUCUAGAAACAGACGAAUCCACUGGAAGAUUGAGUUAGUUGGGAACUUGGGCGCAUUUAAAGCAGACACAUUCGCUCAGAAGGACGUUGGGAAUAAGGAUAAAUCUGCCAAAGUUUUUUCAAAUUCGCUUACAUGUUAUGCUCCCGGAGUCGUUGAGUGGCUUAUACAAUAA